AUGACGAAAAAACUCAUCACGAUCCUGGGGAUUACUGGAACGCAGGGUGGCUCCGUUGCUGACCGAUUUCUUACUCACGCCGAAUGGCGAGUCCGCGGGCUUACACGCAACCCCGGUUCGGUGAAAGCGAAGGAGUGGGCGACCAGAGGGGUUGAGAUCGUCAAAGGCGAUCACGAUGAUGUAGAAUCCCUCAAGGCCGCCUUCACAGGCGCGCACGCCAUCUUUGCCGUUACCGAUUGGGCCGCCAGCUUCGCCCGAGUCAGUGAGGACAAGGGCUUGCAGGACAAGGCAAAGGCCGCAGGGAGGUCGAUUGAGGAGUACGCCGGAGACGUGGAAAAGUCGCUUGGUGUCAAUAUCGCCACGGCAGCUUCUGAUCCAACCGUCCUCUCUACUCUGGAGAGGUUUGUCUUUUCCACAUUGGCCGCCGUGCAGAAAAUCAGCGGCGGCAAAUACAAGCAUGCAUACGAGUUUGAUUCCAAGGCCGGCGUCGAGAGUUACAUCCGGGACGAACUCCCCGAGCUGCGCGCCCGAUUGAGCACUGUCACCAUGGGUAUCUUCCAAGAGACCUGGCGGGACAUCUCCGCCUUCAGGCCACACAAGCAACCAGACGGCACAUUCGAAUACGUGCGCCUAAAAGUCCCAGGCUCGCAUGAAGCUAACCCUGAGGUGGUAGCCACCCGGGACACGGGCGCGUUUGUCGAGGCGCUGGUUCUUCACUACCCAGCUGGCACAGAUGUCCUGGGUGCCAGUGAGAUCAUCACCAAGCCAGACUACGCCGCGCUUUGGGGUCGCACACUGGGCGUCACAGCGACAGUGCGAGACGUCUCGGAGGAAGAAUACGUAAAGCACAUCCCAGAGGGAUUUGAGGUGAGCAUUGUGGACGAUGUCAGGUUUUUCGCAGAGUAUGGAUACGCUGGUGGCAAUCCCAAUGUCAAGGCUCCAGCGGAGCUGGGCAUCAAGACGACCUCGUUGGAGGACUACUUUCGAAGCCAGGAUUGGAGUGCGGUGUUAAAAGGGGAGCUCUAAGCUGCUCUUGUUCGUGGGUCUAACCUGAUGGAUCAAAACCUUGGAUCGCAUUUAUCCUCCUGCUACUCUUGGACAUAACUUGGACUCGCAAUCGGCUCUUCGCCUCUCUGACUCCGCCAGUGAUUGGUAAACACUAUAAUCUCUGGGCAACCUCUCAAGAGCCACCCCCAAUUUUGUAGAAAAGGAACGCUUAUUUCCCAGCUUUGAGGAUCCCAGGGCUCCCCCCAAACCACGAGUCCAGCCCAUUC